CGGAGACAAGCGAUGGGCGACAUCCCCAGCCUCGUGAAAAUCAGCGUCUCUCUCAAAAUCCAGCCCAACGACGGGGCGGUGUAUUUCAAGGUGGACGGGCAGCGCUUCGGCCAGAACCGCACCAUCAAGCUGCUGACCGGGGCCAAGUACAAGAUCGAGGUGGCUCUUCGGCCCGGCACCGUCCAGGCCACGACAAUGGGCAUCGGGGGCGUCAAUGUCCCACUGGAAGAGAUAUCAAGGGAUGCACAGGUGGCCUCUUACACGGGGAUCUAUGACACAGAAGGGGUGCCCCAUACCAAGAGUGGAGAGAGACAGCCCAUCCAGGUCAACAUGCAGUUUAAUGACAUUGGUGUUUUUGAAACAGUCUGGCAAGUCAAAUUCUACAACUACCACAAACGGGAUCAUUGCCAAUGGGGAAACAGUUUUGCUUGUAUUGAGUACGAAUGCAAACCAAACGAAACACGCAGUCUCAUGUGGAUCAAUAAAGAGACCUUCCACUGAAGAAACGUAAAACCAAUACUGCUGGACAAUCUCCCCAAUGAAAGAUCUACCUUUUUAAACCAGCAAGAAGCCUUAACAAAGGCAUAAUAUAACAUUGCUUUGUUCCAUAAGUUUCCAUCAACUACAUUGUAUAUACAGGUGGUGCCACUGAAAUCUUCGCCUAUUACUGUAUUUUAAGUUUGCCAUGGCAUCUGUAACAUUCUUUAUCCAUCAUCCUGACAAUACUGUAAAGUUCAUGGGAAAGAAUACUUGAUAGCCUGGUAGAAAGUCAUAAAUCGUAAUACUGUCGUAAGUAUUUGCAUCAUGCCCACUAAAUGGGUUCCACUAGAUGUAGCAGUUUAGUGAAGUGUUUUGCUUUAUUGCUUAGAAUUUGGAUGCAACAUCACAUUGGUGAUUU